AAGGAGUAAAUAAGCAAAUAUUCAAAACAUCGCACUAGCGCUGCGUAGAACGGUAUUUUUAAUCCACAGUAAACACUGCAAUAAAGAAUUUGAAAUUUACAACAUGUCAGAAGUAAAAGAAUCAGGUCCUUCUUACUACUUCCCGGGAGACGAUGUAAAGUUAUCUAGUAUAGUGGAACAAGGAACUGUUCGAUUAGGUCCUGGUUUAGUUCAUCAGAAACACGAUCAUGAAGAUGAAAUAAAAGUCUCUCGACCUGGGUUUCUACAUCAGGGAGUUAAAAAUACUGUUUUAGUGGAUACAAGAAUGAAACGAUAUAUUCCUGCUAUGAAUGAUCAGGUCAUUGGCCAAAUUACUUCUCGUUUUGCUGAGGGUUAUCGAGUGGAUAUUGGAUCAGCACACAGUGCUCAAUUAAACGCACUGGCCUUUGAAAACGUUACCAGAAAAAGCAAACCAAAUCUGAAUGUGGGAAGUUUGGUAUAUGCCCGCGUAUCUUUAGCUGACCGCGAUAUGGAACCAGAGUUGGAAUGUUUAGAUGCGACCACAGGAAAAGCUGGUGGUUUUGGAGAAUUGAAGGAAGGGUAUAUGAUUACCGGAUUAUCGUUAUCACACUGCAGAAAGCUUUUGUCUCCUCAGAAUGCCCUUUUACAAACUCUUGGUACUUAUAUUCCGUUUGAAAUUGCUGUUGGGAUGAAUGGACGUGUGUGGGCUCAUUCGGAAACAAUUCCAACGACGAUUUUGAUUAGCAAUUGCAUAAAACAGUCGGAAUUUUUGAAUGAUGAUGAGCAAAUUGAAUUAGUAAAGUCAAUGGUAAAAAAUCUUUAACCCUUUUUACUGAAAUUUCGGAAAAAUAUAUGUAAUUUUCUUUGUACAAUAAGUAAGUAAUAAGAUAAAUAUAAUAGUUGCAAUGAAUAUAUGGCUUUGGCUUUUCCUG